AUGGGUUCCUCUACCGAUUCUGGGGCUGGGAAGGAACAAGCAGAAGAGUCGCCACCUGUAUAUUCGUUGGUUGACGACGGUGGACUCGUGGCAGAAUCAGGAAACGUACAAGAGGACGGCCGCAUUGAUGUGAACCUCGAGUCCAAGAUUGCGAGAACCCUGGCCAAAAUCAUCGACCUACAGCAAGAAGACAUCCACAAUCCACCUCCCGACUAUAUCAACCUUACCAAACAAGUGACGUCAUGCGAGUUCAAGCUCAACAUUGUCAUUCAAAUUGUAGGAAGUCGUGGGGACGUACAACCUUUCAUCGCGCUCGGAAAUGCAUUGCAAAAGCAUGGUCAUCGGGUCCGAAUAGCGACACAUGAUAUCUUUGCAGACUUUGUGCACGAGUCAGGAUUAGAGUUCUACCCCAUCGGCGGAGAUCCUGCAGAAUUGAUGGCAUUUAUGGUCAAGAACCCCGGAUUGAUUCCGCAGAUGAAGACACUGCGCGAGGGGGAGGUGAAAAGAAAACAGGCUAUGGUAGCCACAAUGCUCGAGGGGUGCUGGCGAUCGUGCAUUGAAGAUGAUCCACUCACCAAACAGCCAUUUGUUGCAGACGCCAUCAUUGCUAACCCUCCUAGCUUUGCACACGUUCAUUGUGCUCAGGCCCUAAGUAUUCCAGUCCAUCUAAUGUUUACGAUGCCGUGGAGCAGCACCAAGGCGUUUCCACAUCCUCUCGCAAAUCUACAAUCCUCUUCUAUGGAUCCUCGCACUGCGAAUUGGGUUUCUUACGGAGUUGUUGAGUGGUUAACUUGGCAAGGGCUAGGAGAUGUGAUUAAUCGAUGGCGGGUCUCAAUAGAUCUGGAACCUAUUCCCGCAACGGAAGGGCCCAGCCUCGCCGAAACACAGAAAAUACCUUACACAUAUUGUUGGUCUCCAGCCCUUGUGCCAAAGCCACAGGAUUGGCCAAGUCACAUUGAUGUCUGUGGAUUUUUCUUUAGAGAUCCCCCAUCAUAUUCUCCACCCUCCGAGCUGAGGGAGUUUCUACAAGGCGGCCCACCUCCUGUCUAUAUUGGCUUUGGUAGUAUUGUGGUCGAUGACCCUCAAAAGCUGAUAGACACCGUCGUUCUCGCGGUGCUAAGGGCAGGUGUACGUGCGAUCAUCUCGAAGGGUUGGAGCGGGCUAGUUGGAAGUCCAAACCCGAAUAUCUAUUAUAUUGACGACUGUCCACAUGAAUGGCUCUUUCAACAUGUCAGCGCAGUAGUUCACCACGGAGGCGCUGGAACUACUUCUUGUGGCCUCAGAAAUGGCCGACCGACUGCCAUCGUUCCUUUUUUCGGCGAUCAACCCUUUUGGGGCAACAUGGUUGCUCGGGCCGGUGCUGGACCUAGACCUAUUCCAUUUUCGUCUCUCAACUUUCAGAACUUGGCCACUGCUAUCAAAUUCUGCCUCACCCCAGAGGCAACAGAAGCCGCACGCAUGCUGUCUGUCAAAAUGCAGACUGAAUCGGGUGUAACCGCAGCUGUGGAAUCCUUUCAUCGAAACCUUCCCCUGGACAAGAUGAAGUGCAAUUUAAUGCCCCUCCAGGUUGCAGUCUGGACAUACAAAAAAGGCAAAGGAAACGUGACCCUGUCAAACGCAGCGGUGCAAAUCUUGAUUGAACAUCAAAAGAUAGACGAAAAACGCCUUCAGUUCCAUCACGUCAAUCCCAUCGUUAUCGAGCAUCGCCGCUGGGAUCCUGUAACCGGAAUCUUUGCUGCAGCAACCACAACCGGGUCAACUAUGCUGGGCUCGACCGCUGAUAUGAUUUACAACCCAUACAAAGAAUAUAAACGCGGUCGUUCACCAAAACCAUCAGCGAGAGCCUUGCAAGCCCCGACACUCCCUGGCAGCCCACUUUCACGAGAACCCUCGUCAACAAGAAUAUCCGCUGCGGAUGAGGCAAGUCGGAAUAGUUCUCGCACACCGUCCGUUGGGCUCGGAUCCCAAAGUGGGCCCGAAAAAAGCAGAAGCGGGCUAUCCAUCGCAGGCAGCAUGGCAGGCGCGACGAUGAAAGGAUUUGGCAAAUUCACCGGAUCAUACUUCAAAGGCGUAGUAGUCGAUAUUCCACAUGCGGCCGCCGAGGGAUUCCGACAGGUUCCUCGGUUGUAUGGGGAAAAGCCCAAGGACUAUGGUGCGAUUCAGGAUUGGAAAUCCGGAGCUAUCGUUGGUGGCAAGAAUUUCGUGGAUGGCAUGACUGAUGGCUUUACCGGUCUCUUUACACAACCCGUCAAUGGAGCAAAAGAGGAAGGUGCUUUAGGUGCGGUCAAGGGAUUUGCUAAGGGCACUAUUGGGCUUGCAACAAAAGUCCCCUCUGCGGGCAUCGGACUGGUGGCUUAUCCUUUCCAAGGAAUUACUAAAAGUAUCGAGGCGGCGUUUCGUUCACAAAGUCGCAAGGCCAUUGUGAGUGCACGGCUAAAGAGUGGGUAUUAUGAAACGAUGAGGAUGCAGAUCACCGAUGAAGAGCGGCGUGAAACUCUGCAGGCAUUUGAUAAAUUUUUAUUGUCGUCAGAUAAGUAG